AUGCCUAAGGCUUUUUUCGACCGCGACCCUAUCACCCUACAAGAGGGAACACACGUCGGUGCUCAAGUUGGUGGCAGAAUGAUUGAGCCUGAUACAGCGGAAUAUGUUACCGGAGAAGUUGACCAUAUCACUAUCUACCAUUCUCCAAAUUCUACUGUUGAGCUCAAGUGUACGCGGGAUGUGAACUUUUUGCCUGGGGAACAAGUUAUCUUACAGCAGCUGGAUCCUGUCAGUUAUGCUGUUAUUGGCAUGCAAAGUGGAAAGGAAGUUGAGUUUAAGGAGUAA